AUGAAAGAUUUCUACAGCCAAACUGGGGAAGGGGAGAGAUUGCUAGGAGGGCAACAGUAUAGUCGAAAGCAGCCAAAGCAGCCAAAGUCUCGAAAAUGGACACUUAUGGCACUCGUGGCUUUCAUGGGUGUGGUGGUUCUGGUGACUGUGUACUCCAAGAAGGAAACUGUUUACGAGUCACAUUCCACAAAAGCGGUGUCCAGAGAGCAGCACGACCAGCCUGUAGCGUCUCCUCUUCAUAGUUCGACGAGCACAUCGCUGCGAGGACGUGCCUGCAAUACUGUCGAUGGCGGUUACCAGUGUAAUCCUGCGAUCUCCCACCAGUGGGGCCAGUACUCGCCCUACUUCUCACUCUCGGAGGAGUCGGCCCUCUCCGAUGACGUACCUAGUGACUGUCAAGUCACCUUUGUUCAAGUUCUCUCUCGCCAUGGCGCUCGAUACCCGUCGGCGUCGAAGAGCAAGAAGUACGGCGCGCUCAUCGAUGAUAUCCAAGCGAAUGCAACUGCAUACAAGGGCAAAAUGGCUUUUCUGCGCUCGUACGACUAUAACCUCGGCAGUGAUGAUCUGACAGCAUUUGGCGAGCGCCAGAUGGUGGGAUCGGGACUCAAAUUCUACCAGCGCUAUGAGGCGUUGACCAGAAAUGCUGUGCCCUUCAUCCGAUCAUCUGACUCAGAGCGUGUUGUACAAUCUGGUGAGAACUUCAUCAAGGGCUUUCAGCAUGCGAAAUUGCACGACAAAGCUGCCAAUCACAGACAGCCAAGUCCAGGAAUCAGCGUUGUGAUCUCAGAAGCGGAUGGCUCGAACAACACCCUGAACCAUGCUGGCACCUGCACAAAUUUCGAGAACAGUAGUUUGGGCGACGACCUCGCCGACAAAUACACGGCCAUCUUCUCGCCUCCGAUUCGAGCUCGCCUCGAGGCCGAUCUUCCAGGUGUUACACUCAAAGAUGGCGAUGUGAUCAUGUUGAUGGACAUGUGCCCCUUUGACACAGUUGCUCAGAGCUCCAACCCAACCAAACAGUCAGCUUUCUGUGAUCUCUUCACUGAAACCGAGUGGACUCAAUACAACUACCUCCAAUCCCUGAGCAAAUAUUACGGUUACGGAGCAGGUAACCCACUCGGUCCAACCCAAGGAGUCGGUUUCGUGAACGAGCUUAUUGCCCGACUGACACACACCCCCGUCCACGACGAAACAACCACAAAUCAUACCCUAGAUGCCCCUGGUACUGCUACAUUCCCUCUAAAUUACACCAUGUAUGCGGAUUUCACGCACGACAAUGGAAUGAUUCCGAUCUUCUUUGCUUUGGGACUAUAUAACAGUACGGCACCACUUCCUCACACCCACCUCCAGUCUCCGCACAAGGCAGCUGGCUUCUCAGCUGCGUGGACAGUGCCUUUCGCUGCUCGCGCUUAUAUUGAAAUGAUGCAAUGUCGCUCAGACCCGAACCCGGAGCCGUUCGUCCGAGUCCUCGUUAAUGAUCGUGUUGUGCCACUGCAUGGGUGCUCGGUUGAUUCACUUGGCCGCUGUCGUCGCCGUGAUUUCGUGAAUGGACUGAGCUUUGCUCGUUCUGGAGGCAAAUGGGCGCAAUGCUUUGACUAG